CGUACACUCUGUUUCAGAAUCGCCCCUUACAGUGGAAAGUGAGAGAGGGCUAGCGAUGUUAAGCGGCAAGCCGAAUCACCAUGGGAGAAGCUCUGCUUCUUCGCCAUGGCUCUUCCGCUCCAGAAGGUUAACUCCCCUCUCCGUCGCGUUGUACGCUAUCUUCCUCUUCGCCUUCUCCAUCAUCAUGUUCGUGUUCAACACCGGCCGCAUCUUGGACGACGACGCCGAUCCAGUUCCUUUCUUCAGGCGAGGGUCGGCCAUUAUCGAGGAGGAGUUUCUGCCUACCACUGACCAGGGUUCUGAUUCGGCGGCGGUGGACCGGCUCUGGGAUCCUCCGGCGAGCCGCGGAUUGCGCGCUUGCCUGAAUCCCACUUCUAAAUACAAAGCUGCGGCCGAAGUAUUGGAUCGUUACUUAACCGUUAGGAGCAAUGGCGGAUUGAAUCAAAUGCGCACUGGUAUUGCGGAUAUGGUGGCUGUUGCACGAAUCAUGAAUGCGACCCUAGUUAUUCCUCAGCUGGACAAGCGAUCAUUUUGGCAAGACUCAAGUACUUUUCCGGACAUAUUCGAUGAACUUCAUUUCAUUACAAGCUUAAAAGAUGACGUGAAGAUCGUUAAAGAGCUCCCGAAAGACUUGCAGGCCAUUCCUCAUGCUAGAAAACACUUCACUUCAUGGUCAAGCUUGGGAUAUUAUGAAGAAAUGGCUCAUAUAUGGAAUGACUUUCAGGUGGUUCAUGCGCCAAAAUCAGAUUCUCGUCUAGCAAACAAUGAUUUGCCUCUUGAUGUUCAGAGGUUGAGAUGCCGUGCCCUGUAUGAGGCUCUGCGAUUCUCGCCUCCAAUUGAAAGCUUUGGAAAGGUUUGAAACCCGUGCCCUCGCAUGUAUCUUUCUUCAUCUAGUGUUAAAGUCUAAAAAACUUUGCUGAAGUCGAAACCUGGAACAUAUUCUGCUCCACGUCUGUGAUUACUUCAAAAUGGUGCACGGUUCAAAUCCCCAUAUUAAUUCACCUUUACUAGACAAAGCAUGUGAUCCAGGGUCUACAUUCUUUACAGUAUUGAUAUAUUGAGAGUAUUCCCGUGGGGGGAACUGCUGUCAUAUUAGGUUCUGAGAAUAUGUGCCGAUGACACCACAGAAGCUAGUGGAGCGCCUGAGAUCACGUGGUGAAAAAUACAUUGCUCUUCAUCUGAGAUACGAGAAGGACAUGCUUUCUUUCACAGGGUGCACCUAUGGACUUACCAAAAUCGAGUCAGAAGAGCUGCGGAUAAUGAGGGAGAAUACCAACCACUGGAAAGUGAAAAAGAUAAACUCCUCGGAACAAAGGAUGGAAGGAUUAUGUCCUCUUACCCCAGGGGAGGUGGGCAUAUUUCUUGAGGCUCUUGGUUAUCCUUCAUCAACUGUAAUCUAUAUCGCGGCAGGAGAAAUCUAUGGCGGCGAGUCCCAUCUCCAAGAGCUCAGGUCUCGCUUCCCCAACAUUGUUUCCAAGGAAGCAUUGGCAACAGAGGAAGAACUGAGACCAUUUGCUGCUCAUGCAACUCAAACUGCAGCACUGGACUAUAUCAUAUCAGUAGAGAGCGACGUCUUCGUUCCUUCACACUCGGGCAACAUGGCAAGAGUUGUCGAAGGCCACCGUAGAUUCUUAGGCCAUCGCAAGACCAUCAACCCCGACAGGAAAGGAUUGGUGGAGCUAUUUGAUAAGCUCGAGAACGGAGAGGUGAACGAAGAUUCCUUACCUGAACUGGUCCAACAGAUGCACAGGAACAGGCAAGGAGGUCCAAGGAAAAGGAAGGGAGCAGCUUCAGGGAUCAAAGGGAGAGCACGUUUCAAGACGGAAGAGUCGUUUUAUCAGAAUCCAUAUCCAGAAUGCAUCUGCAGAUCCAAGUGAUGAGAUCUGAUACUCAGGCUGGAUAGGCAUAGCUGGCUGGCCAAGCAAUUUUGAUUCUUGAAACCCAAUCUUCAUGAAUAUUAGCAUUGUUUUCUUUUAAUGUUCCUUUAUUAGUACUAAUUCAUAAUUUUUUGUCUGUGUAAAGGUAUAAUGGGAUAUUCCUUAUUGUACAAAAAGAAAGAAAAACAGAUUCCCACUUCACUAACAUAGUAGUUUGAUUCUCUUAAUUUAUUCUUAAUCUCUGUAGUAAUCGGGAGCAAAUUGUUGGCCAUCACCGUAAAUGGAGCAUAAACACGAGAAAUUUUACAAUGCUAUAUAGUAUUCAUAGUAGAAGUGCUCCUAUUUCCACCAAAAGCAAAUCCUUACUAUCAAGUGAAAGAGCUCAAUCAGCCAGAUUAUCAUCAAACAGAAACUAGAUCAGUCAGCACAAACUUUUGUGGGUCACCAUUAAAUCCAAAAACAGCACCAAGCCAUUGCCAGCCACAAGUCUGAUCCUAAUAAGAGAACCAACAACAACAGCAGAGAAUCACACGACCAAUAGGAGAAGAGCUCAAUCUGCCCCAACCUUAUCCAAUCCCCUUCCACAUCAGCAAUCACCAAGUCUCCUGGCUUCCACACUCCACAAAAAUUCCCCAAUUCUCUUCCCAUAAACAGAAACAGUAAGAACACCACCCACAAGAGAAAAGAAGGGCUCUCACCCAAAUUCCACCACCACCACCAUUAUCAUCCAUGGCUGCUUCAAUGAUGAGCUCCUCUUCAAGUGUUCUUGCCUGCAACUACGCAGCCACUUCUGAUCUAGGAAAUGCCACCAGAAACUUGCAGCAGCAGCAAUCUUCUUCCUCCACAGUCAAGUUCCCAGUGAUCAGAGCCCAACAACAGCAAGCAGGAGAGAAUCAAGCUGCUGCUGCUGCUGGAAAUGGAAGGAGAGCUGCAAUGGGGAUUCUUGCAGCUACCCUCUUUGCAACUGCUUCUUCUGCUAACGCUGGAGUCAUUGAGGAUUACCUCGAGAAGAGCAAAACCAACAAGGAGCUGAACGACAAGAAGAGGCUGGCAACAAGUGGAGCAAACUUUGCCAGGGCAUUCACAGUGCAGUUUGGGUCCUGCAAGUUCCCUGAGAACUUCACUGGCUGCCAAGACCUUGCCAAGCAGAAGAAAGUGCCAUUCAUUUCUGAUGACUUGGAUUUGGAGUGCAAAGGGAAAGACAAGUACAAGUGUGGUUCCAAUGUUUUCUGGAAAUGGUGAUCAUAUAAGUUAGUUUAUUUUAUGAGCAUGUGAUUGAAGAAUUAAAUCCGCCAUUGUUGUUAAUCAAUGUUCUUAAUCCUUCCCCCUCCCAACCCUUAAUUCCCUUCUGAAAAGAUGUGUGUGUAUCUAAAUCAAAUUAUCCUUGGAAUUAAGAGUUAUUUUCAAUGUUUGUGAUAUCGUGCUCGAUGGUUGAACUAGGCAAAUCUGUACUCGUGGUAAUUGCCACCAUUCACAACAUUCCAUUUUUAAGCUCCGAUUAUAUAUAGUGGAGAGUUCCAAUAGGGCAAGAAAA